GCUGGACAAUGUGUUUAGAUAUUGGGUGCACACUGCCAAAAAUUGUAUAUUUCGAUUCAGUAAUAUCAACGAAGUUACUUUCCUUCCACCUACACGUCAUCUGAUUCUCCUGAAAUGAACAAAUAUGCCCUAGUAUUGAUUACAUUUGAAACUAAACAAUAGGGAAUCAAUUUUGUUUUACUGCUCUGGUAGUUUGCAACACAACGUGGAAUGACUGAAGAAACUGUUGUAGCGGAGGAGAUCAAUUACGAGGAGCAAUAUGGUGUAUUUCAUCAACAUAUGUGAACUCAACCCCACAUCCUGGACAAUUCAUUAUGAUUACUAACUAAAUAGUAAUCUCUUGUUCUCUGUCUUACACAUACACACCACGCUUUGAUAUUUCCCAUGGAAGUUAAUUUUUCCUAGCUGCUUAGAUAUUUGUGACUAGCAUUGUUUCUUACCGACUUUUUAGGGUGCUUAAUGAGGAGAAUAAAAAAUUGAAGAUUGAUAUUUCAAGUUUGCAGUUAAGCAAUCGAAGUCUUGUCAAUCAAAAUAGGGAUGAGAAGAAAAAGGUUAUGGAUUGUCGUUUGCAGAUUGCUGACUUAGAAGGACGCCUUAAAGCAUUUGAUGCUACAAAACAGGAGUUAGCAGAUUCUCAAGCUCAUUGUGAACGCGUACGUAUGACAUUAGAAAGUUGUGAAGCUAAAUUAGCCGAUGCUGAACGACGUGCAGAUGAAGCCUCUGGUUUAAUAAAAAUUAAGGAUAGUGUUAUUGUAAAACAAAGCAAUUUUACGAAAGAAAUUGAAGAACGCUUACGAAAUGUCACAGAGGAGCGAGAUAAUUUAUUACAUAAAACCUCUAAUCUAGAAACUGAAUUAAAUGCAGCUAUAAUUAGAGGUGAAGAUGCCGAUGAUUUGAAAGAGCGUUUGAAGGCAUUACAAGAACUUUUUGACAAUUUGGUCAAUGAACGCUCUGAAACAACUAGUGAGAGUGGAUUAGCUGCUGCUAAUGAUUAUUUCAAAUCUGAACAGGCUAAAUCUGAAAAUCGUAUUGCGGAACUUAAGGAAAUUAAAAGCGGAUUAGAACAGAAGAUUGAAGAGCUAUGCGAUGAUAAAAAGAAACUGCAAAUGCAGUUGGAUCAACAAUUGGAGGAAUAUGAGAAGUUAGGAGAAAAAUGCGCAACGCUGGAGGCACGUAUCAAAGAAAUGGCUCACAACGACAGGAGGUAUACUGGUGGUAUGCUCGGCUCUCGUCUUAUUGGUCCAACACUACCUCCGUGGAUUGCUGAUGAGAAAAAGUUGGAGAACGAUUUGGAACGUCUUUCGAAAACUGAUCCAGCUACCUUACGCGCUAAGGUUAUGGAGCUGGAAAGUCAGGUUAACGAACUCAAUCAUCUUUUAACUUAUCGGGAAGAUGUUAUUCUACGCAUACAUGAGGAAAUAUCCAAAAAGGCUUCAAAACUUGAAGCUGCUGAUGUUGAACGUUCAAGUCUUACAGCUCAAAUCAGUAUAUUAAAACGCGAGUUGGCAACAGCUCGUGAAGACUUAGCUCGUCGUGGGGUAGGUCCUCUUGAAUUAGACGCUGAAAUUGAACGUUUACGAAGUAAACGAGAUCGAGAGUAUCAACGUCGCAAACGAACUGAAGCUGACUUAGAGGCUAUGGAGAAAGAAAAUCAAGAGCUCAAACAACGCAUUAAGAGGUUAGAAGAAGCGGCUAUCGCAACUCCUCCUAAACCAGUUAUUCCUCAAAGUGAUCCUUCUGACAGAAAUAAAAUCGUUGAGCUUCAGGGCGCUGUAAAUCAAUUACGAAUGGAUAAUGAGGCCAAGAGGUCAGAACUAUUUGAUCUGAGAUCAAGAUUUGAUGCUAAAUCUGCACAAGUGGAUAAAAUGUCUGCUGAGUUUAAGACAAAAGAACGUCUUUGCGUUGAGCUCACAAAUCAACUUGCAGCUAUACGUGGUCAGUUGGAGGGUACCACAAAAGAGUUGGAGUCGGUUCGCUGUAGAGCUGUUCGUGGCGGAGCUGAAGUUGAACGAUGGAACUCUGAUUUAAUAAGUUUACAAACUACUAAUAAAUUCUUAUCAUCUCAGUUGAAUGAUUCAAGAAAUAAAAUGAUUUCCAAGGAUAGAUUGAUUGCUGAGUUAACAAAACGGUGUGAAGAAAUUUUGCGGAGUCAUUCCACUGAAGAACCAUGUGAAAACGGUAUUACUGAUGAGAAAGCACCGUGUCCUCAUUGUCAAAAUCGUUCAAGUACGGAGGAUAAACAGCAGUCGACUGAUCUGGAUAUUGUAGCUGAGUUGGAAACUAAACUUUCUUCACUGGAGGAGCGCUGUAAAAAUUUAAUGGAGGAAGCUGCUAGAUCGAAAGAGGAAAAAGAAAAUGUUAAGUCUCAGUUGGAGGCAGAACUUGCUAAUGCUCAACAAUGUGUUCAACAGUUGUCUGACGAAGUUACUCGAGAAAGAGAAGUCGCCUGUGAUUCAACUUCUCGGAGUUGUCUGAACAUGACGUGGAUAAUUCUGUGUCCAGUCCUACUCAGAGUGUAGACCAACAAAUGGAAAAAUGAUUACGCCUCUUAAAAUUUAAACUGAUUUACGUGUUUUUCGUGAAAUUCUCUGGCCUAUAUCAUAAAGUGAAUGUCUUGAGUGUAAUGCAGAACUAAAGCAUGCGGAUAAUGGAUUACUUUUCAGCUAUGGAAAAGGAGCACGGCUUCAACUAAAAGUACAAGAGCUUACUGCUCAAAUCAAUCAGUUAGAAACAGAUCUUUCUCAAACCAGAAUGCAGCUUUUAGAAGCGCAAUCUGAUCAUCAGAAAGAAAAUGACGUCAACUCCACUGCUAUCUCACCUCCUGCUAAACGAACUCGACGGAGUACUAAUGCCGCUGUAAACAAUGUCAAAGCAAAUGCAAAGAAUAAUCAGGAUCAUUCAUCUGGUGGUGGGCGACAUUGAGAUACAAGUGGACUGCAUUUGAGUCUCCCUCUCUCUCCUUUCCUCUCAGUCUGUGGAAAUCAAAUACAAACACACACCAACAGAUUUGUGCCCUCAUAUGUGUAGACAAAAGCGAAAAACAAAACUAUUCCACACUAAUCAGUCAUAUCUAGUUUUAUUAUUAUCAUCAGUUUUAUGUUCUUCAUUAAUAAAAUCCCUGGAAAUGUUCUUGUUUGUUUGUGUGGGCGUGAGCGUGUGCGUGUUAAUAAUUGAGUCUGUUUGUAUGUAUGUUUGUAUGUGUGUGUACGUGUUGAUUGAUUAUUCCCCAUGGCCCCCUCUCUAAUGCGCGCUCACCAUACAUGUUGUACACAUUACAUCCACUCCUUCCAUAAUUGAAGUUGCAUUUUCCCGCCGUUGUGUUAUACACAGUGACACUUUGACGGCCAUUUUUUCUUUUUUAUUUCUGAACAUCUACAUUUUAGCGCAACAUCAUAAAACCUCAGUGGCAAUGAUAAACAACAACAAUAAUAAUAAUAAAUGAUGAUAAGAUCAGCUGUGAAAUGGUUUUCGUCUUUUUGCUUAAUUCUUCUUUUGGUAUUUCACACACACACACACAACUUUUGAUGGAGAUAUUCAUGCUUCUCUUGAUUGUUUGUUUGUGUAUAUUGUUUGAUGCUGAUGAUGUAUGAUGUAUUGAAUGUAUUGAUUCACUUUUAACACAUGUUUAAAUAAUGUGACAGGUUUUUUAAGCAUGCAAAAUAGUUUUAUAUUACCAC